AUGGACAAAAAUGAUCCUCUCAGACAGCCACUGAUCCCUCAGGCAGACGAGAUGGGUCAAGGAGAUUCUGCCCUGGCCAUUAUUGGCAAUAGGCGCGUCCAACUUACUGAAGAAGAGAAUAGGAAAAUACGGAGGAAAACAGAUAAAGUCAUCCUUGCUAUUCUUGUCUGGGUUUACUUCUUGCAGAUUCUUGAUAAAACUGUUCUAGGCUAUGGAGCAAUCUUUGGCCUUAUUGAAGAUACACAUCUCUCCGGAAACCAGUAUUCACUAAUUGGUUCAAUUGGCCCCAUAGCCCAACUGGCAUGGCAACCCUUUUCAAUGAUUUUAAUUGUCAAAGUGCCGCAUCGGGUCCUAAUGCCAACGUUGGUUCUCGGCUGGGGAUUGGCACAAGCUGCGAUGGGCGUCUGUAAUAAUUUUGGUGGUUUGCUUGCCACUAGAUUCUUUUUAGGCCUUUUCGAAGCUGGAUGUCUCCCACUUUUCAGUGUCAUCACCAGUCAAUGGUAUCGCAGAGCCGAGCAGCCCAUCCGAGUCGCAGCUUGGUAUGGUACAAAUGGUAUUGCUACCAUUGUUGCCUCCGCGUUAUCCUACGGUUUGGGUCACAUACCAACUAAAACAAUGCAGUCAUGGAGAAUGUGCGUAUUUACUCUUAUCAUAACACGCUUCCCUACUGACAUAUUCUCAGAAUAUUUAUCUUUGUCGGACUGGUCACGAUUAUCUCAGCCCCAUUCGUUUAUUGGAAACUGGAUAAUGAUAUCCCUUCAGCUCGUUUUCUCACGGAACAUGAGCGCGAACAAGCCAUCGAGCGCCUCCGUGCCAAUCAGACAGGGACUAGGGCAACAGAGUUCAGGUGGUCACACGUCUUUGAAGCGCUUUUUGAACUGA